UUAAAAAACUCAAUAAGAAGAGAAUCUCUAUAUUACAAUGCUAAGUUUGUCAGUAGUCUAUUCCUGAUAACUCUUUCCUCAAAAUCAAUCAACCAAUCAAUCAUUUUCUCACAAACCAAACAAGAAAAACCUGCAUACUCCCCAUGAAAAAACCAUUAGAAGAAUCCCAAGAAAACGAAGACAACAAUGACGACAAAAAUUUAGCUGUAUGGGAUUUAGGCAGCCCAUUAUACGACUCAUAUGAGGUGGUAUCACUUAGCCAUCUUAUUGAACGCCACCUAAUGACCCUUCCAUCUCUUGGAUCAAGAAAGCUGUCCAAGAAAAUCUUUCCACCACCGUUCUCCGACAACGUAGUCCCUGCCACCCUUCCAGCGAGCUCCGCCGAAAAGGAUACCCUUGAUCGGCCAUCCUUAGCUAAAACUUUGAGAGAAUUUAUAAGGGUAAAAUUGUGGAGGAAGAGGAAGAAUGGAGUUGGAGACACGAAAGAUGAUGAAAAGUCCAAGAAGUUGAAACCUGGAGUUCUUCGUGGUUUCUCUAAUAGGUUUGGUUUGUGAAUUGAGAAAGAUAUGUAGAAAUUUAUAAUAUAAAGAAAAGAGAUAUAAAAAGAAACAGGUAAGGAAUCUUGCUUUUCUUGUAUGAAGAUUAAGACUAUUUACGUAGUUUUGAUUCUUGUUUUGUUUGUCUGCCAUUAAGAAUGUUCCAACUGUACGUAUAUGUAGAGAUAUGUCUCAACAUCUGUUCUGGAUCUCUUUCUUCUCUAGAGAAUUUAUUAUUGUGUUCAUGAA